AUGAUUAUAGCUAUUGUAGGUUGCACACACGGAGAAUUGAAUUUAAUUUAUUCAACUUUAAACAAAAUAGAAGAAGAAAAUAAUUUUAAAGUGGAUUUAUUAAUUUGUUGUGGGGAUUUUGAGUGUGUAAGAAAUAGUGUAGAUAAUGAAUGCUUAAAUGUCCCAAACAAAUAUAAAAAAGAAGAAAAUGAUUUUAAAGAUUAUUAUACAGGAAAAAAAAAAGCAAAAGUGUUAACAAUAUUUGUUGGUGGAAAUCAUGAAGCUAUGAAUGUAUUAAAACAAUUAUAUUAUGGUGGAUGGGUAGCACCUAAUAUUUAUUUUUUAGGAUAUUCUAAUGUUCACAAUAUAAAUAAUUUAAGAAUAGGUAACCUUAGUGGAAUAUAUAAAAAAUAUAAUUAUUAUAAAAAAUAUUGUGAAUGGUAUCCUUAUAACGAGCUAACUAAGGUGAGUGCUUAUCACAUUCGUAAAUAUGAAAUAGAAAAAUUAAAAUUAAUAAAAGAAAAAAUGGAUAUUGUGAUUACACAUGAUUGGCCAAACAAUAUUGAAAAGCAUGGAGAUAUAAAUGAUUUGUUAAGAAGAAAAUAUCAUUUUCAAUCUGAUAUUUAUAAUAAUACAUUGGGUAAUCCACAUACGGAGAUUUUAUUAAAUAAAUUAAAGCCUCAAUUUUGGUUCGCUUCUCAUUUACAUGUUAAAUAUUCUGCCAUUUAUUUACAUAAUGACCAAACUAACUAUACAAGAUUUCUUUCAUUAGAUAAAGCACAACCACAUAAACAUUUUUUACAAAUUUUAAAUAUUGAAAAAAAAAAUGAUAUUGUAUAUCUUAAUUUUAAUCAUUUGUCUAAUCUUAAUACUGAUAAUCAAAAUGUCAAAAAUAACAAUACUUACAAUCAAGAUGGUAAAAAUUCAGAAAAUAUAAAAAAUUCGCAAAAAGAAGAUAUACUGUUAGAGAAGAAUGAAAAUGCUGAUUUCAAUAAUGAGAAUAGUUCUACUGAUAAUACUAAUAAUAAUUAUGAAAUAAAAUUAAAAGAAGAUAAUGAAAAUUGUCAAGAAAAGGAGUCCUUUUCAAAUGAAAAUAAAAAUUAUGAAAAAGAAAAAUUAAUUAAAAGUAAAGAAAGUGAAAUAAAAGAAGAAAAUAAACAGCAAAUAGAAGAAAUAGAAAUAAAGGAGAAAAAUAAAAAGGAAAUAAUAAAAGAAGAUGAAGUAAUAAUAGAAGAAGAAAUAAAUAAAGAUGAAGAUAAUUAUAAGGAACGGGAAGCAACAAAAAAAGAACAAGAACAGGAGCAAGAACAAAAACAAGAAAAUGAAAUAAAAAAGGAAAAAGAAGAAAAUGAAGAGAAGGAAGUAGAUGAUAUAAAAAAUUGCGAAAAUAUUAAUUUUAAUAAUAAAAAAGAAAGCAAAAUGAAAAAUGAAGAUUUUAAAUUAGAUUAUAAGAAUGAGGAUUCAGUAGAAGAUAAAUGUUAUAUAUGUUAUGACUUAGAAUGGCUUGCUAUUUUAAAAGCAAAUCAUCACUUCAUUUCAAUUAGUAGUGUUAAAGAUUAUAAUUUAGAAGACUUGAAGUAUCCAACAAAAGAAGAUUUUCAAUUUGUUGAAAAUAAGUUAAAGAAUUUAGAUAAGAUAACAGUUGACGAUAAGGAUUAUUUUUUAGUUCACGGUUAUAAUAAACCAAAUUAUAAAAAUUUAUAUGAACAACGACAACUCUUUUUAAAGCGAUUUGAAUUGGAAGAAUUAAAUAUUUAUAAUGAAUGCGAAAUAAAUUUUUUUAACGAAGAAAUAAAAUUACUAGAAUCAACAAAAAAGGAUGAAGAUUUAAAUGAACAAAAUGAGGUUAGGUUAAGUUUGAAUAACCAAACUUAG